UCCAGAAGUCUCUAUCUUGAGGCAAUAUAGAGAAAACCACAGUCGAUCCUUACUAAACCAAGCGUUGCAACCGACCUCAUACUUUUCCGAAAAUCUCUAUCAAAAUCGAAAUCCCAUCUCAUAAUCCACCGACAUCAGCGAUAAAAAUAAAAAAUAGUGAUUCAUCCUUUUCAGGUAGCCUUUAUCCAAAUCGAGCUUCAUAUUCAACCGACCUCGGCGGGGGAAUUGAAAUCACAGUAAGAAUUGGGUAAACCUCUAGGGGUAUUAAUUAAUCUAUUACAGCACAGUGUUGAAUUUCAUUGUCUUUUUGAUAUUAGGAUUUAGUCCAAGUCGUGUAAGCAUUUGGGUUUUUAGUUUCUAGAGUUUUACAGUUGGAAAAUUCCAAAUGUGGAGACUUUAGAAUUGUCUUUGUAUGUUAAAGUUGGUUUGGGUAUAGAGUGAAUUCUGCAAAUUGCAGUUCUUUGUAGCCGCUUUGAUUAAUCUUGGGGUUUUACUCUGUAGAUUUGACUAAUUAGCUGCAUAUCACUGGCAGCUAAACUAUUAGAUUAUUAAUAUUGCUUUUCUUUUUGAGUUCAAAUGAUUUUUUUUUUUUUUCUUUCACGUCAGAUCAUUUUCAAAGGCAGGUUUUUCUUUUCUCUGUUCGUCGUCGCAUAUGCUUUUAUUAUGCAAUUUGUGCUUAGUUUGUUACAAUAUUCUUAAUAUUUGUUUAUUAAGUGAUAAUAUUUGUUUUUUCCAUGUUUAAUGACCUUCUUUGGAAUCAAGUUGAUUGAUAAAUUAUCAUGAAUGAGGAUUAUGAUCUAAAAUUUUAAUUGGAUUAUAUAUGUAACUACAGAGAUGGCAGCUGAGAAUGCCAGGAGAGGGAUAAAGAGGUUCUUGGAACAAUCCACAAGUGACCGAGUUGAUCAAGGAGAAUCUAAAUGUAGUUGUGUCAAAUCGAAGAGAUUGAAAACAAUAUUUCAUCCAGAAAUUGCUGGAGGAUCUAAUGAAUGUCAGAAUGAAAUGCAAUCAGGAGAUGAUGAUCAAAAUGUCAGUCAAGUUUUUUGCCCUGUUUUACCUGCAGAUUCAUUGGUGGAAUUAAAUGAAAAUAAUUCUUUCCAACACCUCCCAACUGAUGUCACAAAUAGGGCAGCUAAAAAUACCAAGAGAGGAAGAAAAAAGUUCUUAAAACAAUCUUCUGGUGAGAAAGUUGAUGAAGGAAAAACUGAAUCCAGUCAUGUUAGAUCAAAGAGAUUGAAAAGAAUGUUUUGUCCAAGCAUUACUGAAGGAUCUAAUGAAUGUGAGAAUGGAAGUCAACUUAUAGAUGGUGAUAAAGAUAGUACUCCAGAUCUAUCAACAGAAUUAAACGAACACAAUUGUUUCCGAUAUGUAGAAACUGAUUUCAAAUAUUAUAUGCAGGUCAAUGCCGACGAUCAUUUGGUCAAGCGUCAUAUCAAAGGGCGAAGCAAGGAUCAACUGUCAGAUAUGAAGAUUUCAGUGAUAACAGCUAUAGAUGUGAGCAUUGUGGUGCACGAUUCUGGCGUGGAGAAGCUGUUAAACGACCAUCCUCUAAUGCAUCCAUCACUUAUACAAAUUGUUGCAGAAAAGGCGAAAUCAAACUUGAACAAGCAAAGCCAACACCGUUAUUUCUUGAUAAUCUAUUAAAUCCAGAUAAUAGCCCAGAAAGCAGAUUAUUUAGAGAAAAUAUAAGAGUUUAUAAUUCAAUGUUUUCCUUUACAUCGAUGGGAGCAUGUAUUGAUCAUAAAAUAAAUAUUGGAUCAGGUCUUUAUGUUUUUAAAA